UCAAACAUUACUGCUGUCGCUGUCUCAUCAGCAGCUGGGCUGGGAGUGACGUUUGUGACUAUCGAAUUGAUAACAUUACACCUCUUUUGAACCCUUUUGCUGCUUUGAGUUGGCCUACACCUCAAAUUUCACCGAGCCAAAGCUGCAUAGUUCAGCAAAAUGUUUCGGUCAACGUCAAUCUUUGAUAAAUUUUUAGAUCGAGCUACCAGCAAUCUACGCCUGGAACCUGAUUGGCCUGCAAUUAUUCAAAUAUGUGAUUUGAUUCGUCAGAGCGAUGUGCCAGCCAAGUAUGCACUGGCUGCUAUCAAAAAGAAAAUCUACCACGCAAACCCUCAUGUAGCAAUGUUUGGUCUACAGGUCCUGGAGUCCGCUGUGAAGAAUUGUGGAAGCUUGAUCCACGACGAGAUUGGCACACGCGCUUACAUGGAACAAAUGCAAGAGUUGGUGAAAAGCUCUCCUCAUGAAAAUGUGCGAAACAAGUGUCUUGAGUUGCUACAAAUUUGGGCACACGCAUUCCGCAACUCCGCCAAGUACAGGGCUGUGCAGGACCAGGUCAACAUCCUCAAAACCGAGGGCUACCAGUUUCCUGCCCUCAAAGAAAGCGAUGCCAUGUUCUCAGCCGACACGGCCCCAGAGUGGGCUGAGGGAGAAUGCUGCCACCGCUGCAGGGUUCAAUUCUCUAUGAUGCAACGAAAGCACCACUGCCGAGCGUGUGGUCAAGUGUUUUGCCAUCAAUGUUCAUCGAAGACCUCUACGUUGCCCAAGUUCGGAAUUGAAAAGGAGGUCAGAGUUUGCGAAGCUUGCUACGAGAAAAUUAACAAACCGCAGCUCACCAAAGGAAGUGACACGGAGCUGCCUGCAGAGUAUUUGGCCAGUCCCUUAGCUCAACAGCCACAGACUCCGCAGCGGAAAACUGAAGAAGAACUGAGAGAGGAGGAGGAAUUCCAGCUGGCUUUAGCACUGUCCAAGUCAGAAGCUGAGGAAAAGGAAAAGGAACGUGAGAAACAAAGACACAGGACAGAAAUGAUCAACUCUGCCUACAAGCAACAUCAAAGCAGCCCUAGCAAACAGUUGGAACAGGAGCUGAAAAUUGACAACGGCGAGCAAUCUGGCGAGCUGGCUCGCUACCUGAACCGCGGUUACUGGGAGCAGCGGCAGGAAGGGCUGCCUAGCGCACCAGCCACGGCGACCGCGGCUCCGUUGGGGUCACCCGUGUAUGCGAGCCCCAGGAAAGUGCAGGAGAACGGAGGCAACGAAAACCUGGAGGACUUCAUUAAGACGCUGCGUAGCCAGAUUGAAAUCUUCGUCAACCGCAUGAAGAGCAACUCGAGCCGAGGACGCAGCAUCGCCAACGACAGCUCGGUGCAGACGCUGUUCAUGAACCUGACGUCGCUGCACUCGCAGCUCCUCAAGCACAUCACCGAGGAGGAGGACAAGCGCAUUCAUUUUGAGGGUCUGCAGGACAAGCUGGCGCAGCUGCGCGACGCCAGAGCCGCCCUGGAUGCGUUGCGUGAGGAGCACCGCGAAAAGCUGCGCAGACAGGCCGAGGAGCAGGAGCGCAUCAGGCAGAUGCAGAUGGCGCAGAAGCUGGACAUGAUGCGGCAGAAAAAGCAGGAAUAUCUCCAGUACCAGCGACACCUUGCUUUGCAGCGUAUUCAGGAGCAGGAACGGGAGCUCCAGAUGCGGCAGGAGCAGCAGAAGCAGCACUACAUGGCGAUGGGCGCCGCCUACCCUUACGCACCGCAGCACUACCCACCCGAGCAGUACGGAGGGAUGCCGCCUCACGCGGUCGCCCCGGCCGCCCACUACCCACCUUACGCCGACUACCAGUACCAGCCGCGGAUGAUGAUGCAGCCCCCGAUGGGCAGCAUGCCUCCGCAAAUGGGACCACCAACCACGCAGCCCCAAGCGAUGCCCCCGCCGGGCGUGGCCCAGAUGCCCUCAAUGGGCCAGAUGCCGCCCUCCGGACCUGGCAUGCCGCCCCAGAUGCCUCACGGAGCGCAGGUUCCUCCAAUGGUGCAACCCAUGUCCCCUGGCGCGCAAAUGCCCCCGCCCGUCGCCAUGCCCAUGCAGCCGCCGACCAGCUACCCUGCACCCACUAGUGCCCAACCGCCCCAGAUGGCGCAGCAGAUGAUGCAGCAACCCUACGUUCAACCGUCGCCCAUUAUCUCGCCCCAGCACGUCCCUCAAAUGCAACAACAGCAGCCACCGACGCAACCGCAGCCCCCACCGAGCACCCAAACUGCUGAGUUAAUCAGUUUCGACUGAGUUCGUAGAUUGUUAUCCUUAUUUUAUCUUGUGAUUCACAGCAAGUUUUGGAAUUUGGGCUGCAAAGGGUUGCAAAUAUUAUAUGGUUUUUGUAUACGUUAUGUUACAAUUCUUCCAAACUAUCUUGUAUAGGAAUGGAAUGAUUCUCUUUAAAAUAUAUAAACAUGCCAUUGAAAAAACUUCAGGAUCUUUAAU